AUGCGGAUUAUUCUGGUGCACUACGUUGUGCUUUCGCUAAUACCCUGUGUUCUAUCGGCUCCAAUAUCUUAUAUAGACACCUUGGUCCUAGCAGGUGAGGGACACCACAUCGAAGACCGGCUUUAUCCUCGACGUUCUAGACAGCAGCCAGCCGUAUUCCGUGAUCAGUUACGCCGCAUUCUCACUAGUGCCAAAGCCGGUCGGAACCUCGAGGUAUUGACUCGAGCUUCAAAAUCCAUCCCUGGCGACAGGUGGCCGUAUGCUCUCUCGUCAUUGAAGAGUGAGGUUGUGGCAGAAUAUACUAUUUCUAUCGACGACAAACCAGGUGAAACCAUUUUUCCAGCUACCAGGUCAAUACAAGAUCAAAAGGUUUUUGAGCACAGCACGCAUCAGAAUACCCACCCAAAAACCGUUUUAUUUCGCUACUUGACUCUAUUCUCAAAGUCAGCAUCAGGGCCAGAAGUUAUAGAAACCUAUCACCUUCACAGACAACCAUUUUCAGACAGGUUAGCUUCGAGUUCGAUAAACCCUUCUUACCUUCCCUCGGCGAAAGAAGACGUUUUCUCGGCGCUUGCAUGGGUUUUCGGACAUCCCAUUUGGGCAUGGACCACAGUAUCCCUGCUCAUAUUCGCCCUAUUCAUCAUUUCAGUCAUAACUGUCGAAAUAUUAACGGUACUUUGCAAUCUUGUGAGGUUUUGUUUCCAGAAAGAUGGCUCAAGAAGUAUUCGACUUGACGGUGCAGAGCAGAAGCUUGCCUCCGUGUAA